CAGCUGUUCCCUCUAACAUAACCGAUCAAGCUCCCUCUUCAUACAGUACUUCAUACAAUACUCUCUUGCCUCAACGACUUCAACACCAACCACCUAACCCCCACCCUCUCGGCUCAUAUUCUUGACUUGAUAUAGACAUUUUUUUUAUUGUUUCUCAUAUUUUCCCUCGGCGACGACCUAGUUUCUUUCGGUGGGAUAUUCCCCGAGCAUACGAGAGAAACCAACCCACGGAGAGAAUCUAAUAUAGCUUGAUAUGAGCAAUAUCGUAGCAAGACAUCACACCUAAUAAUCUCUCUGAACGGGGCUUUUUUCACGAUGGUGUUUUGCGCAUACUGCGGGAAGAGUUUUACGCGCAAGGAACAUCUAGAGAGACACAUACCUAGCCAUACCAAUGUAAAACCACAUAGAUGUAGUGCAUGCCAACUAUCCUUCGCUCGAAGGGACUUAUUACAAAGGCAUCACUCGACGUACCAUGAAGCACGAGAUCCCAUGGAGCCGCUUCCUGGUGGGGUGCCUACGGUGGCAGGACGGACGCCCAUCGCAUGCCUGAACUGUGCCCAAGCUAAGACAGGCUGCGAUAAGAGAGUACCCUGUGCACGAUGCGCAGACAAGAACCUCGAAUGCCAGGCGAGGUUUGCGCGACGGUCCUCCAAGGCAGCGCUUAGAGCUGCACAGGCAACUGCUGCGAUGAGCAGCAAUAGCCCAAGUCAAGUUUCAUUACCACCUCAGACAUCACCAACAACGCCAGCAACGACAGUUAACCCGUCUUUUAUGGACGUAGAUCCAGGGCCCGCUAAACCAGAUCCACCUAUUAAAUCUUCUAUGUCUUCACCUGACAACAACAGCAAUAUCAUGACAAUUGAUCCGCGGAUACAGCAGGAUAAUUCUCCCAAGAAGAACUCACCGGCGAAUUCUCAGCUGAGCUCGGAUGACUUCCCUUCUCCACACCCGAGGGUAGAAGCACUCGACGAGUUUCUUCACUUGGGUAACGACUUCAUACCGCAAGAGCCUAAUUACCAGGAUAUGUUAGUCUGGUCUGAGUAUCCGUUAGAGCUGGAUAUGUACGCGAAUAACAUGUCUCUGGCCCAAGCCGAUGUUCCCAUGCCUACUUUUGGGGAGCUCAGUGACCUCUCUAGCUCAGAGCAUAUGAGUUCAUCUAGGGGAUCUAUUCACACGAGGAGUACUAGUAUAAUGUCUACUGGGGAAUUUGAUCCAGGGGCUAAGCCGGUCGACAUGACGUUGCAUACUCCAAUUGACACCAUGAUACCAGAGUUCGAAGUGGUCAUCGCCGCCGAAGCAGCAUGGCCCUUAGCACGGUGCAAUCCCCCCGUGUUCUCGGGCACGUGUCCUAGGACAGCCAUCGUGCAUUUAGAAUGCUUGGAGCAAAAGUCAAGACACGAAGGUACUUGGACUGCCCUAGAACAAUAUCUAGAAAAGGUCGACUGGGACGCCGCCGAUCUAGCUUCCGUCAUCCCCAUGACAUCCCGGACUCGCGAUAAGAUGCUCGCCAUUACCCAGACCUUCCUCCACAAAGCUCUCGAGAUUCACCGGGGAGGAGUACAUAGCCAGAACAAAUCUUUCUCCAGUCCCCGACUCCUAAGUUUCUUGGUUCUACCCCCUUCUAAGAUACUCGAGUAUUUCUUACGAAGCUACGUGAGGAAUCUUUCCUUCUUCUACUCCUUGGUCUCCACCGGCUGCGUCGACCCCAACGAGAUGCUCCAGAACAAUCAAGCGGCAGCCCUCUUGGUGCUACUCAUGAUUGCGCAGGGCGCCUCGGCAGUUCCCACAGUAGAAGCACGAGCCCUCUCAGCUGGUCUGAUUGAGACGUGUCGCAUCUCACUUUUCGACAUCAUCGAGAAGGACAUUGAGAUGUGUGCGGACCCUACCGCACUUCGCUGUGCGCUAUUAUUCACGCUACUGGGGGCUUGGAGCGGUGACAAAUGGCUUAUGGACAUUGCCAUGGGACAGCGUGGGAUGUACCUUUCGAUGCUCAAGCAUGCGGGUAUGUUCGAAUCUCAACCCUCCAUGAUCCCGUCUUUCAAUAGAUCCACCAAUUCCGAACUGCAAUGGCGUUCGUGGCUGCACAGGGAAUCUCAAAAUAGACUGGCCUACAAUUUUGUUAUGGUCGAUCAGGAACUAAGCUUAUUCCAUGACACCGCUCCUAUGCUUUCUACCAACGAGCUCUGCGCUCCUUUGCCGGGACCCGAGCUACUCUGGAUGUCGGCUAACGCUGACCAAUGGCUGGCCGCCGUGCAGUCCAUCUACGGUUGUACCGCCAACGUCAAUCCUCAGCUCCUCAACACCCCUUCCCUGACCCCCUCCCUAUACGACCUAUUCCAAGACUUCCUCCAUGACAACCUGUCGAGGCGACAGGGUAGCUUAAUGCCUCACCAGCUGCGGCUCUUGCUUCACCCCCUGCAAUCCUGGCUCUGCCACGUGCGACAGAUGCUCUCCUGCUUUUCCGAAGUAAUGAUGAGCAGCGCCCGUCGUCCCAACCACAACCACAGCAACCACCCUCAUAACCACAACCACAGCCACAGCCACAGCAACCACAACCCCGUCACCAAAGAAUCCUUCAUCUCACACCUCAACGAAGUGCAGGGGCUCCUGCAAAAGUGGUACGAGCUCACCAUCGCGUACUACAAAGCGCACCCCUCGUGCGCCAUCACCCGCACUAACCUCGUCCUCUACCACCUCAUCUCCCUCAACGCCGUCACCAACUUCCCCGAAAUCGAGCGCCUCGCCCGCCGCGAAGGCUUCGACGGCUCCUACUGGGAGCUCUCCCUCUCCCUCCGCCAUAAGCGCUGCGUCUACCAGCGCGAGGAGGCCAUCUUCCACUGCGGCCAGGUGUACCGCCUCCUGCGCUCCAUGCCCGCCGACCGCCGACCCGGCUGGUGGAGCGCCGCGGUGUACCGCGCUACGCUUAUUCUGUGGACCGACUCGAUGUCCCGUCUUGACCCAUCGUUCCAGAAGCGCGAUGAUCUCGGCCCGAAUGUACAUGUCGACCAGGUCACCCCCGAGGACCCCGCCGUCAUCGCAUACCUCUGGAACGGAGAGGGCGUCCCCGUGCUCACGGGCACGGAUGGGAGUACGGUGGGGCUGGGACUGCCCGGGGACGUGCUCGAGUACGCGGUCAAGACGCUCGAGACGGGCGUUAGCUCAAGGUUGAGCGAUGGGAUUCGGCGGAAGCUGGUCGCGCUUAAUGAUAAUUGGCGGCCGGAUGGGUUGGCGAAUGCUGCGGCUGCGGGGGGCGUGCCGGGUGUGGUGCCGGGGAGUGCGGCGAAUCUAUGCUAGGUGUGGGGAGGUGUAUGAUUUUACAUGAGUGCCUAGGUACUUAGGUGCUUGCGUUUGUUUUCUUCUUCUUCUUCGAGUAUCCCUUAUCGGCAUAAAGUGCCCUUUACACACACACACACACACACACACAUACUUACAGCAUAGAAAUCAUCAUCAUCAUUUAUCAUUAUUGGCUUUUCUUUUUUUUCUGGCUUUGGGGGGCUUUGGGGAAGAGAAGGGGGGAAUAGGGGCAGAGUGGUUUAUUUCUUGGUACUUAUUUAUUCUCGCAACACAAAAGGCCAAGGUCGCUGUAUACAUAAACAACACAUAUGUAAUACUGGGUAUCUACUAUCUAGGUACUCAUCAUGUACCUACUCCAUCUCAAGUGAGCUAGUUGGCUGUACCUACUAGGGGGUAUGUACCUAGGUAGGUGGUGAUAGGGGAGAGGUACUGGACAGUGAGAAGGGGGCUCGGAACUUGUGUAGCAAAAGAUGUUAUGCGAGACGGUGCUUAUACAUAUACCCGCGGGGAUUAGGAUAGGGGAUGGGGGGCCAGGGGUUAGAUGGUAUCGGGAUUGGCAAUGGGGGAUGGGAAGGUUCGCUUCUUCUUCUUCAACUCAUCGUAGUGGUAGGUAGCAACAUCAGGGGAGGGGAAACUCAUCAUUAGGCGUUUUUUUCGGCAGGUUUAAACUCUUACAUGAAAUGAACCUGGGUUGGGUUGGGUGGGAAU